UUAUGGUACAACUUGAAGUUGUACCUUUAACGUUAUGGUACAACUUCAGAUUGUACCUAUACUCUUUUGUCAAAUUGUUUUAUGGUACAACUUAAACUUGUACUUUCAUUUGAUGGUACAAGUUUAAGUUAUAAAGUUGUACCAUAACAUAAGAGCACAAAUUCCUUUAUGGUACAACCUGAACUUAUACAUUUAAUGUUAUGGUACAACUUUAAGUUGUACAUUAAAGUACCAAUACUUUAUAGCAUAGUAGAAGUGCUCCUAUAUAUAUACUGCAAGCUCUCUUAAUCCACGACAAGUGUCUUUAUUUAUAGAAGUGAUAAAUGAAUUGGGUCCAUGAAUAUGUUGUUUUAGGUUGCAACUAAGUUAUUGAUCAUUUUGUAAAAUGCUUAAAGUUGAAGGACUUGAAGUGUUGCACCGAAAAGAUUUAGGUACUAAUGCCUAAUGUGUGAAGCAACUUUCUGCUAAAAUGUCUCAAAGUUUAGGUAUUAUAACAUAUACCAUAAAACUAUAGAUGUUGAAUUGUAAUAUUACAUAUAUCCGUUAAUCACUCUUUUAACUCACCAUCUAUUGGAUUUAGAUUUACUAAAAGGAUUCGGAUUAAGUGAAUAUUUAACAAAUAUAUUAGAUUAAAUGGUGGAUUGGAUUGUAAUCUGACUCACUGCCAGUAACAAUAGGCUUGUUCAUAUACUACAUCAGUUAAUUAGGUUCUAAUUCUUUUUUUUUUUUUACGGUGGUCAGGUAUUGAGCAAUGCAAUCUACAGGAGCGUUGAGCACAGAGUGAUCGUGAACUCAACAAAGGAGAGAGUGUCACUGGCUUUCUUUUACAACCCAAAGAGCGACAUUUCGAUCCAACCGGUUAAUGAACUUGUAACCAAAGAGAGGCCUUCCUUGUACCCACCCAUGACUUUUGACCAGUACCGGUUAUACAUAAGAACCAAGGGGCCAUGUGGCAAGUCCCAAGUGGAGGCUUUGAAAUCCCCACGUUGAGAUUUUAUACAGGGCUGGAGCUCAUUUGAGUUCAUUUCAUGGUGGUCGAUCCGGUUCGGUUGACGAAUUUGACCUGGCACCUAGUUUAUGAAUCCAAAUGUGUAAAAGUAGAACAAUCGUUUUCUUUUAUUAGUAGUUUUAAGUGUACAUCUUAAACGAGGAGAAGUGAGAAAAUAAGACACUAUUGGAAAAAGUAUGUGGGGAAUCAAAGAGAGUCGGAUGAUUACAUACAAAAAUUUGUUGCAAUUUGAAAGAGUUUGGCUGCUUAUAUUGAUAUUAUACGAGGAACGCGAAUCCUUCGAUUGGGUAGUAGUAGAAGCUGUCAGUUUGGUUUUCAUUUUUUGAUUUUAAUCAACUCGAUAAAACACACUUGUUGAUUUUUUAUAUCAAUCCCAACCAUUUGGUACUUAACGAUUUCCAUUUAAUCAAAUCAAUCGCUUUGAGCUAUACGUGUGAAUUGUGAUCCUUUUGCUUUUUCUAUCAAGAACACUGCAUCUGCUCUCUUUAAUGUUGAACUCAGGACACAAGAUUUUUUGCUGGACUUAGACCCGCAACUAUUGGGCUGGCCCACAAAACAAAAAGAAAUGUUUCGUUAAAUCUUGUUGGACUUGGACCUGCAAGCCCAUCAUUCGUUCAAUGCUCCGUCCCCGCAUAUCAAAGGCCGGGAUCCAGGGCAACGGCCGACGGAAACUGCAACCUGCAAAAGACGCCGGCUACCGGAGAGAAAGAUGCAGAAGAAGGCACUGAUAUUCUACGGCGAGGUCCUACUGAGGCGGCUACCUAAACCAAGAAACAAGACCUGUUCUGUCUGUCCCCAAUUUCUGACGGAACUUCAGGGUCGUUUGAUUCCUGUCUCCGGCGUCCGUCUCGCUCUCUCCUCCAACCUCUUCGCCGUUUUGAAGUCUGUAACAACAUGAUGUCGUCUUCGCUUCUCGGCUCCGCGAUUUCCAGGCGGUAAUUAGUUUCUUCUACUUCUCGAGUAAAUUAGGAGUUUCUGUCUAAUACGGCCAAUCGCAUACGCCAUUGUAGGUCUAACAGUGCCAAAUUCCUAUUGCUAUCUCGUUGUAACUUCAUUGUUUGGUUUAAGGACUAAUCUGGAGCCGGCCUCCAGAUUCGCUGUUUCUCUAAUACUCAAAACUUCACUAUCAGGUAGGCUGGCGCCUAAUUGUGACAUGCGGAAUCUGCCAAAUCCUAGGAUGAUUAAUCUUCCCAUUCCUGGUUUGAUUUUCCCUCUUGGAGGCUUCUGAUUAGAUUUUUAUUUGAAUCUUUAAUUUGCAAGCUGACUCAUAGGUACAUAGUAAAUGGAAAGGCGGCAGCUUUGCUUGAAUGAGAGGUUCUUAGUAAAGGGUAGUCUUUUUCAUUUUCUGGUCUUCUACUUUCCCCACAGAGCCAUUUUCUUCUGUUCGCUUUAAUUUAGGCACUAUUAGUGUUCGUGAAAUGCAUUUUGUUUGGUUCGGUUGUUGACGAGUUUGAGCUUCAUUGUUUUUGAAAUGGAGAUAUUGCAUCUACCAGUUGUUACUUUCAACCUGUGCAUGCUUUGCAUCGGUCUAUGCUCAACAAUAUAUGUUUCAGGUGUUGAAGCUGUCAGCAAUGUGACUGAUCGACUCGCAUUGCUCGACUUGAAGGCUGGUUUGAUAGAUGGGCCAUAUGGAACCUUGAGCUUAUGGAAUGACUCCAUUCAUUUUUGUCAAUGGCCUGGAGUUGUGUGCGGAAGUGGGGAUCAGAGGGUCACUGCUCUGAGGCUGGACGGUCUUGCUUUGGGUGGCUCCAUUUCUCCUUCCAUUGGGAACCUGACAUACCUCUCAGAAAUUCAACUUGCCAGCAACAGCUUGAAAGGGAUCUGUCAGUUUUCCGGAGAAUUACCUUCUACUCUCAGCAACAUGUCAAGUCUGGAGGUUCUUGAUGCUGGUACAAAUUAUCUGACUGGUCGAGUGCCUGAUAACUUGGGAGUGCUAAAAAAUCUGAACUGGCUCAGUGUUGAAGAUAAUAGGUUGGGUGGUACCUCUGAAGAUGACUUCAGUUUCUUAGGCUCUUUCAUGAAUGCUACCAAACUUGAAGUUUUGAGUUUGGCAGGUAAUGGGUUUAGAGGUGUGUUUCCUAGUUCCAUAGUCAAUCUUUCAAGCAUUACAUGGCUUACUCUUGGGAGUAAUGGUAUAUACGGUGAAAUCCCAGAAUCAAUUGGUAACCUUGUCAACUUGACUAUUUUUGCUGUUGAGAAUAAUUCUCUCACUGGUCGAAUCCCCAGUUCAAUUUGCACUCUUGAGAACUUGGGUCAACUGGGUUUACAAUUUAACCAGUUAUCAGGUUCUGUACCAUCCUGUCUUGGUAACCUGAAGCUUCUGUUCCUUGUAAAUCUGAGCCACAACAAUUUUUCAGGAGAAAUUCCUCUCUCCUUGGCCAACUGUUCGUCGAUGCAGCAACUCUACUUCGCUAAUAAUCAGCUUAGUGGCAGGAUACCAGCUAAUUUAUUGGGUCAACUGCCCCAAUUGAUCUCAGUCCGACUGGAUCAAAAUUCCUUGACUGGCUCCUUCCCUCCCGAUGUGGGGAGCUUGAAACACUUGAUGACUUUGAUUGCAAGUAACAACAAGUUGAGUGGUGCUAUUCCAGAAACACUUGGAAACUGCCUGAAUUUGGAGUACGUUGACUUGUCAGGAAACUAUUUCCAUGGAAGCUUACCUACAUCUCUCAGCAACUUGAAAGGAAUCCGGUUUCUAAACCUCUCUCGCAACAAUUUGUCAAGCAGCAUUCCGGAAGAACUACAGGGGCUUCAGUUCAUGGAGCACUUGAAUCUGUCAUUCAACCAGCUAGAGGGCCAAGUUCCAAAGAAAGGAGUUUUUGCAAAUGCCAAGACAGUUUCAGUUGCAGGAAACAAAGGACUUUGUGGUGGCAUCCCAUUAUUUAAUCUUCCAGUGUGUGCUAGUAGAAACACAAGGGUGGCGAAGAAGCUCAAACUUCCCCUGAAAUGGAUUGUAGCUGUAACAGUAAGUUGCAGCCUCUGUGUAGUGUUGAUCACUAUUAUUUAUAUUGUUUUCAGUUGCGAGAGGAGGAAAAAUCAGAACGUGGAUUUGUCUCAACCUUUUGGGGCAAACAAGUUUCUAAUGGUGUCUUAUAAAGAACUGUUUGAUGCCACUGAUGGGUUUGCCCACUGUAACUUGAUAGGCACGGGCCAGUUUGGUUGUGUGUAUAGAGGAUUUCUCAGUGAAGAUGAAAGACCAGUUGCUGUAAAAGUAAUGAACCUUCAGAAGCAUGGAGCGUCAAGCAGUUUUACAGCUGAAUGUGAGGCUUUAAGAACAGUUAGACACAGGAAUCUUGUCAAGAUAAUAACUGCUUGUUCAAGCAUGGACAACAAUGGUAACAAUUUCAAAGCGUUUGUGCUUCAGUUGAUGCCUAAUGGGAGCUUGGAGAGUUGGUUGCAUAAUCGGUUGCAUGAAAAAGGGGAUGAUGGUGAGUCGGGAUAUCUGAAUCUUUCCCGAAGGUUGGACAUAGCACUUGAUGUGGCCCAUGCGUUGGAGUACCUUCACCGUGAUUGUGAGACUCCCAUUGUUCAUUGUGACCUCAAGCCUAGCAAUGUUCUUCUUGAUGAUGACUUGGUUGCUCAUGUUAGUGACUUUGGCUUGGCCAAACUCUUUGCCAGGAGUGGUGGUACAGUUCCCAUAUCGUCAUCAGUUGUUAGGGGAACCAUUGGUUAUGUUGCUCCAGAGUACGGAUUGGGCCGCUCUGUUUCCCCAGAAGGAGAUAUCUACAGUUAUGGGAUUCUUUUGUUGGAGAUGGUUACAGGGAAGAAGCCGACAGAUGAAAUGUUCAUCGCCGGUUUCAGCCUUCACAAUUAUUGCAAGAUGGCAUUGCCUGAUGAUAUCCAGGGCAUCUCUGAUCCAUCAUUGUUUGAAGAAUCUUAUGAAGAGAGGCAUAUGAAGGAGUAUAGAUUGGGGUGUUUGGUUUCUCUGGUUCAGGUAGGAGUUAAGUGUUCUGCUGAGUUGCCAGGUGACCGGAUGAAAGUUGCUGAUGUGGUCAUAGAACUUGGUGGCAUCAAAGCCAGGAUUGCGUCAUCAAAACCUCGAUCAAAAUCAUACAAAUCCAUGUUUUGCAGUGAGCCUAAUGAAGAGAUUCUGGAAAUUGCCUGCUGAUUCUGUACAUCAUACUGUAGCUUUGCUGUUUUUCUCCCGUCAUAUGCAAGAAAGUUGGUAAACAAGACAUGAAUGCUGUGUAUUUCCCCUUUGUUUCCCGACUCUCUACUUGCUGGCGGUAAUUUCUUAGCUACUUUCGCCUUUAUAUUCGGUUUUAACUGUGGCUUAGCUGACCAACAAAACUAAGGGAAAGCAAGUACAGAAAUAUAUAACGAUAUAGGUCACGUUAUAGUAUUUUCUAUUCCACUUAAUUGGAAGCAAUAUAAUCAAUGUACACUGAGCUAGGAGCAACACUUGUUCAACCCAGAUUCUCACUGCUACUUAAAUUUCAUGCCUGGUUCAGCACUUACACAUAUCUCUGUUGUUAUUUCGUUCCUUGAUGUACCUCAACCUUCAAAACAGGAGUUCAAUCUUCUCUAUGUUUGUUCAGGGUUUAAACUUGGCUAACUGCCCUUAUUCCAUAUCAAUUCUGGUAUGGUGGUCUCAAUCGUAUCAAUGUUCUUUUGGAUGCUGACACGACUGCUCACUUUUGCGGCUUUGGCUCUAGGCAUAAGUUUUUUCUGCAUUUACUUUAUUGAUAUUCUUUGAUCCAAAUCAAUUCCCUUUGAGCUA